CAACAAUGGAAUUGAAGUCUUUGCCAGUCACCUUGCUUUCUGGUUUCUGUGAUACCUCCAAAUAUGCAUUGAUUAAAAAAGUUGCUGAAAAUACCGACAAUUUGAAAGUACUCAUCUUUGCUUGUCAUUUGGAAAAGUUACAUUUGGAUGAAUCUAAGGUUGAAAAGAAGACUGAUGAACAAAUCACUUUGAAAAACAAGUGUUUAAUUGUCAAAUUGACUGAUCUUUUCUUUGAACAACUCAGUGAUCAUGUAUUGUCUAAGGAAUUUGAUUAUUGUCUUUUGGAAACUAAUACAUAUGACGAUCUUGAAGGAAUGAAGGAAAUGUUUUUAACUGAUUUGGAUGCUCAUGACGAAGAACACGAACACACUGAUGAGUGUGAACACUCCGAAACAACCAUGAAUCAGUUGGCUCCAAUUUCUAAUAUUGCCACUGUUGUUGAUGCUGCUACUAUUGUAAAUGAUAUUAGAACUGAAGAAACUCUUGUUGAUAGAUUUGGUGAAAAGGUACCAGGUGCUGAAAACAGACAUAUCCCAUUCUUGAUUGUUUCUCAAAUUGAAGAUGCUAAAAUCAUUGUUAUUAACAAUGCUGAAAAGGCCGAAAACAUUGAAGAAGUUCAAGCUUUAAUUAAAAAGAUUAAUGGAAAGGCCAAGGUCUUUACUGCCAAGAAUUGUGAUAUCAGUCCUAAGGAACUUUUCGGAACUGAACUCUUCUCAUUGACUGAUUCAAAGAGUCAAGUUCCAUCUUGGUUGAGCGAAAUUAAGGGUGAAAUUAAGUCUGAAACAAUUUCUGGCAUUUCAAGUUUUGUUUAUAGAAGAAGAAAGCCAUUCCAUACUGAAAAGAUUUACAAAUUCAUCUAUGGUAGCGACUACUUGAAUAAGGAAUCAGGAGUCAUUAGAAGUAGAGGUUUAAUUUGGUUAUGUACUAGAAAUGAUGACUGUUGUGAUUGGAAUCAUGUUGCUCAAAUUGCUGAAAUUACCAACGCUGGUAAAUUCUUUUCCUCAUUAGAUGAAGAAAUUAUUGCUGAUUUGGAACCAGAAAUGGUUGAAGAAUUAAAGGCCAAUUGUGAAGGACCACACGGAGAUAGAAGAUGUGACCUUCUCUUUAUUGGUAAGAAUAUGAACCAAAAGGAAAUUGAACAAAAGUUGGAUGAAUGCUUAAUUUCUGAUGAAGAUUUGGCUAAGGGCCCAACUCACUAUGAAACUAUGUGCGAAGAUGAAUUCCCUGAAUUUGAAGAGUUAGAUCAUUUACUUGAAGAUGUUUCUGAUGAUGAAGAAGAUGAAGAAGAAGAUAAGGAUGCUGAUAUUGACAUUACUUCGACUCCAAAGAGAAAGAGAAACGAUGACUCCUCAAAAGGUGCCAAAAAGACUAAGAAGGAUUAAAACUCGACUACGAACUAGGAUAGUAAAUUGUGUGUAACAAAUUACUAAAUCAUAAUUUCAUUUUUACAUUGUUAAAAUCUCUUAUCCUGAUAUUGU